CUUGGUCGCUUGCCAAUUUCCCGCCAUUCACCUCGUCUCUCCCUCCUUUUGCUCCAUUCACUUCGUCUCUCUUUCUCUCUUCAACUUCAUCUUGUUCAUCAGUUGAGAAUAUGUUGUGGGUAGACAAAUACCGACCCAAAAGCCUAGACAAGGUUAUAAUCCAUGAGGAUACCGCCCAAAAUCUCAAGAAACUCGUAACGGAGCAAGAUUGUCCACAUUUGCUGUUUUAUGGACCUUCUGGUUCUGGCAAGAAAGCCCUAAUCGUCGCCGUUCUUAGGGAGAUGUUUGGCCCUAGUGCUGAAAAGGUCAAGGUAGAGAACAAAGGAUGGAAGGUUGAUGCUGGGACUAGAACGAUUGAAAUUGAACUUACUACUCUAUCUAGCACACAUCAUGUGGAGCUGAACCCAAGUGAUGCUGGUUUUCAAGAUAGAUAUAUUGUUCAAGAGAUAAUAAAGGAGAUGGCUAGGAACCGACCAAUUGAUACUAAAGGAAAGCGGGGAUUCAAGGUGUUGGUACUUAAUGAAGUUGAUAAACUCUCCAAAGAAGCUCAACAUUCAUUGCGAAGAACUAUGGAGAAAUAUAGUUCAUCCUGUCGGCUUAUUCUGUGCUGCAAUAGUUCUUCAAAGGUUACUGAAGCAGUACGAUCUCGUUGUCUCAAUGUGCGGAUUAAUGCUCCUAAGAACGAAGAGAUUGUCAAGGUAUUGGAGUUUAUAGGGAAGAAGGAAAGCUUGCAACUUCCCCCUGGAUUUACUGCUCGUGUGGCUGCAAAAUCCAACCGGAGUCUCAGAAGAGCUAUUCUACUGUUUGAGACUUGCCGUGUCCAACAGUAUCCUUUUACGAAUAGCCAGGUGAUACCCCCUAUGGACUGGGAGGAAUAUGUCUUGGAGAUUGCAUCUGAUAUUAUGAAGGAGCAGAGCCCUAAAAGGCUCUUUCAGGUUCGAGGGAAGUUGUAUGAGCUACUAGUUAAUUGUAUACCUCCAGAAAUCAUACUGAAGAGGCUUCUUUCUGAGUUAUUGAAGAAAUUGGAUGCGGAAUUAAAACAUGAAGUUUCCCAUUGGGCUGCCUAUUAUGAACAUCGGAUGCGUCUUGGGCAGAAGGCCAUAUUCCAUCUUGAAGCGUUUGUGGCCAAGUUCAUGAGCAUUUACAAGGCUUUCUUAAUUGCAACUUUUGGUUGAAUGUGAACUGGAUGUCUUGGAUUGGAUGCUUCUCCUACUGCAACGAACUCGCCUCUCCUUGCUCCCCGUUACCUCCCAUGAAGACUACUUUCUAUUUUCUUUUUGUUUGGCUCUUUUUUGGGGAAAGGAAAGAGAAUUAGUGUGCUUCUGCAAAUGCGACAAACUGUGGCCGCCAGAGUUUCCUUAACUUUUCCUUUUCUUUCUUUUUGAUGUUGCGGCUUUUGUUUUUUCGUUUUUUCGUUUUUAGGGGACGGGUGGAGCUUCAGAAUGAUGUAUAUUUGUAGCAUAUUAUGACUGUUAUUUGGUGUGGAUGAUAUGAAACACAGAAGCCUGUGCUUAUUCUCA